GACCUGAUACUUGUGAUUUAACCCCCCGCUCAUCGCUUUCGCCGUGCGAUGCAUGGUUGCACCUGCUGCAAGGCAGCCAGCCCUUGGCGCGGCGGCCGUACAGCUUCGUAGAACUUUCUGGCAGCUUUACCCACUGGAGCUUUUCUUCGACCUCAAUCACCACAAUUCUUACCGUACAACAAAGAACCUCAAAACUACACCCCUCGCCACCCAAUUGUAAUCCUAAAGCUUCCACGCCAACAGACAGGAACAUUUGAGCAAACAUGGCAGACAAGCGCACCCGCUGCUUCUUUGACAUCGCUGUCGGAGGUGUCAAGGCCGGUCGCAUUGCUUUCGAACUCUACAACGACAUCGUUCCCAAGACCGCCGAGAACUUCCGUGCGCUUUGCACAGGCGAGAAAGGGGUGGGCAAGGCUGGCAAGCCUCUCCACUACAAGGGCUCGGGCUUCCACCGCGUCAUCAAGGGCUUCAUGAUCCAAGGUGGUGAUUUCACUGAAGGCAACGGCACAGGGGGCGAGAGCAUUUAUGGCGAGAAGUUCGAGGAUGAGAACUUCGAACAAAUUCAUGACAGGCCAUUCCUGCUGAGCAUGGCAAACGCGGGACCUGGCACGAACGGCUCGCAGUUCUUUGUCACGACCGUUCCAACCCCACAUCUGGACAAGAAGCACGUUGUUUACGGCGAGGUCAUCAACGGCAAGAGCAUCGUGCGACAGAUCGAGAACCUGAAGACCCAGAGCGGCGACAAGCCAUGGCAUGACGCUACCAUUGUCGACUGCGGUGAGCUCACAGAUGAAGAUUACGACAAGGCGACCGAUAAGACACCCGAUAUCACAGGCGACCCAUACGAGGACUUCCCCGAGGACCAGAAGCCUAGUGAGGAGGAGUGGGAAGGCGCACAGGUCUUGAAGAUUGCGACAGAGCUAAAGGACAUGGGCAAUGCCGCUUUCAAGAAGCAGGACCUUCAUCUUGGCAUCACCAAGUACCAGAAGGCGCUCCGUUACCUGCAUGAAUACCCUGCACCGCUGGACAACGAUCCUCCAGAGCUGUGGAAGAGCCUCCAGGCGCUCAAGAUCACGGUUUACUCCAACCUUGCGUUGCUCCAGAACAAGACCAGCCAGUACGCCGAGGCCGCCGAGAGUGCGACAAAGGCGCUCGAUAUCGAAGGCAUCACAGAGAAGGACCUGGCUAAGGUGUACUUCAGACGAGCACAGGCCAAGAUCGGCAAGAAGAACGAGGAAGACGCACUGGCAGAUCUGGACGAAGCCAUCAAGUAUGCGCCAGGCGACGCGGCGAUUGUGAAGGAGCUGGACGUGGUGAAGAAGAAGGUGCAGGCAAGGAAGGACAAGGAGAAGAAGGCCUACGCAAAUGCCUUCGACUUCUAGGUACGCGCGGUGGAGGCAGAUGAAGGGCGAUGCAAAAAGGGCCCAGAUGGUAGCCCAAGAUACAGUGAAAGAAUAGUUAACGAUAAAUAUAUGACCCGACAACAUCUCGUUUCAUGUUUGAUUGUAGGUAUUUAGCCAGCGACCUACAAGCUGCGCUGUUCUAGGCGACACUAAUCUGUGCAAGACACUAAUUUGUACAAAUACGAAGGCUCCACUCAGACAGUUUCCCCGGACGGCCUGCCUAAAUCCAGCCUCAGCCUCAGCCUCAAUCUCCCGAAGCAAGU